UCAUUUUUAAGAAAAUUUUUAAAAGGCAAAAAUAGAGUAUUCUAAGCAUUUUGAAAAUGUAGAACAAUUUUUUAUGCCAAUACAGCUCUAUUGAACAUAAUAAUAAAAGAAAUACAGCUCUAAAGAACGUUAUUUGAAAGAAAUUAAAUUUUAGAAAUAUUGAGAAUGAAAAACAAGAAGAUGGUAAGACUUACUUAGAAUAACAAGAUCAUCGAGUCUCGUAGAAUUUGCGCCGCUGGAUUGCUGAUUUAUCAAUGCAAGGCUGUCGCUUGAUUUCCGAAUGGAGUUUUUGGCUCCCUUUUAUUUACUUGUGCUUCAGUGCUCCAUUAUCAGUAAAAAGCUCCGAUUUGUAAAUUACGGAUCCGAAGAACUACUUUUUAUUAAGGGUUUCUACCUAAGAAAAUCAAUACUUUCCGCAGUAUGCAGUAAAAAUCUUUACAUUCAUAAUAUCUUAACAACUAAAUUAUUUUAAUCAGAGUUAUUAAGAACUUAGUAUCAGAAUAUUAAUAAGCAAAGAGAGGUCUCUAGAGGAUAGGAUGUUGGGCUACAUUUAAAUCACAAAAGUUCCGUUUUUUUCCGAAAUCGGCUACUUUGUAAAAUUGUGAGACGGCAGCCCUAUUUAUAAGUAAUACUGGUCAGAAAGUUGGAUAAAAAAUAAAAACAUGAACUAAAAACUAAGGCUACUGAAAAGUAUUGAUAAAAAAUUGCUUAGAAUUUUGAAGUUUUCGUAUUCCAUAUUUUUGUGAAAAUUUAUACGUAGUUAUGUAAAUGAUUUGCUUUCCAUUCUAUUAAAAUUUUUAUUUCUAUAUUAGCUAAUAUUUCCAUAUUAGAGUAAUAUAUAUUACAUAUUAUAUGCAUGUAUAUAAACAGUUAUUCAUAAAUAAACAUGGAUUACAUUAGCAUUUUGAAAAAUUUUGAUAACUUCUUUUAUAAUGUGGUCGGCUUUGUUUUUGGAGAAUGUAUUUGCCGGUUAAUAAAUGCAAUUUAUGAAUACUUGAAAUAUCCAAAUCAUUAUGAACCAAAACAGAGAUUUCUUACAAUUUUAAAAAUUACAUUUGAUUUCCAAAGAAAAACGUUAUUAGUUUUUUUUCUCGUAAUUUUAUGUUCGCAUUUAUGGAAUAACCCGGAUUUUAUAGAUGAAUUGUUAAACCGAAGGGACUUAAUAAUUGCAUAUGUAAUUUUAAUGAAAUUAAAACUGCAUAAGUCAGCUUUAUUGGACGCAGCUGAGUGGAUAAGAUCCGGUUCAGGUGUGGAUUAUGCAUCUGGAAUGGCUUCCAACUACUUUAAUGGCUAUAUUCGGUUACAACUUCCCGAUAAAGGUGAUGGAAAAAAAGGAAUUAUUGAAAGGUGUGACGAAUACGAAGAUAAACACGAUGUAAAAUUUGCAGCUAAAAAGUUAUUUAUACUAAUCCCACAUUCUAUGCACAUGAAACCUGUUAUUAAAAGUGAAUUGCUUAAACCAGCUGAUCCACUAGAACUUGUUGAAAGAGAUAGAGCCGGCGUAAAAAGACCAUUUAAAAACGACGUAUAUUCAAUAAUAACUGAGAAGAUCAAAGGUAAAACACAAAAAUUUUAUAUAGUACUUGAGGGGGCUACUCCUAUGCUAAGUUUUUAUGAUUCAUGCGAAAACCGUGUAACCUCAACAGACUUAAUGAAAGUGAUGAAAAGAGAAAUCUUAUUUCAAUUUUAUAGAAGCAUUAAAAAAUAUUGCUUAGAAUGUCCAGAAACGCAAAACGAAGUGGAUUUUAUAUACUAUAAUGAUUAUGACAUUCAUGGAAAGCUUAUUGACAUAGGAGAAAUUGUGAAAGCGUAUAUAGAAAAUAAAGUUCUUCAAUAGAUCAUAAAUAUUGAUCUGCUUUAAAAAUUAUCAAAACAAAAACUUAACAUUAACUAUUUUAAACCAGAUCAUUAUUAUAACGAAAAAAAAAAGUGUUGCUUUUAAAAAUAAAAUUUUUACUAAAAAUAUAAACUAUUCUACUAUCCAGCUGGUUAAAAUUAAACUUUUUUAUAAUUUUUUAUAAUGAAAUUUUUUUUAUUAAACGAUCUGUGUUAAUUAUUUGUAAUGAAUCUUACCUGAAUAUUAUGCAGAUUUAAUUACUGAAUAAAGUUGACAAUAAUUUUAAGUUUUUAUCAUAGCUUUU